GCCCAUGGCAUGUGAGGUGUUCUGUUUCAUCAGCCACAUUUUUCACCCAAACAAAACAAUAGAAGCUAAGGCCCCUUUUUUUUAUAAACCAAACCUAUAUUCCUUAACCCUUACAAUAAUCAAGCAACACAACAAAACUAAACUAAACCACCCUGUCUUCUUCAAUCCCUCAGUUGAGUCAGUUCCAUUCAUAUCUCACAACUACUUCCUUGUUACUUAAUUAAUUAGUAGCUUUAUUAGAGAUAACUUAGCUUAGCUAGCUAUAGAGAGCUUCAAAGGUAAGAAUUGAGUGGCACUAAGCUAAAUUAGUAUCAUAUCUUUGGAAAGCCGCAUAGAUUAUUGUGUACCAAUUUCUUCCUAGCUCGUAGCCUUCAACCAUCACCGAAAAGUUUGCUUCUUUGUACUUAUGAUGAAGGUGAUGUGAUGAAAUUCCCUUGCUAGAAAAAGGGCCAUGUCUUUGUGUGUGUUAAGUACAGUUUUGAGCCUUGUCUUUGCUUUUCUCCUUCUUGUUUUUGCUGCACAGCUUUUCUAUUUCUUGUGGUGGAGAAACCAUACAAGAACACCAUCUUCAUCCUCCUCAGAUAUUGAGAUGGGUCAGAAGAGUAAUAAUAAUAGUGACCCGUCAAAGGGUCUCUUUCAUUAUUGGGUUUGCUGGAAGGUUCCACGAACCGUGCAUGCUACUUCAGGGAAACCAGAGUUGGAUAAUAAUAAUAAUAAUAAUAAUGGUGGAGAAGAAUUCCAAGGUGGUAGUGUGGAAUCAGAGUUGAUGAGGCUGCACAAUCUUGCAGGUCCUCCAAGGUUUCUCUUCACAAUCAAAGAGGAAACCAAAGAGGAGUUGGAAUGUGAAGAUGGAAAAUCAAGAAGCUUAAGUGAUCUUAUGUGUGCUAUUGACACACCUUGUUCUUCACCCUUCAAGUGUUCUUUGGAAUUCAACCCUCUCUUUGAAUCAUCAUCAUCAGAAGAAGAAUCAGAGUUCAAUAGGUUUAGAUCCUCGCCACCUCCAAAGUUCAAGUUCCUGAGGGAUGCAGAGGAGAAAUUGUACAGAAGACUCGUUGAAGAAGGUAGGAGAAACACACUCUUUGGGCUCAAAGAUUCUUCUUCUCAACAUGUAACAGGUUCAUCUCAGGUUCUGCCAUUGCCAUCUUCUCCUUCAACAUUCAUACCCCUUCAAACCCCAUCAUCCAUGCUCCAUUAGUUACAUUUUUUUAAUUACCCUGCCUCCUUAUUGUGUUAAUUAAAUAGUUUUAAUGCUUUACAAAUAAAUCAUUUGCUUCCUUUAUUU